AUGUUGAGAAAAACUCUAACUUCAAUCUCACUAAGACACUUUUCUUCUUCUUCCUUUGCGUUUUCCCCUAAACCAAUCACCCCAUCGCCGCCUAAAACCCUCAAAACCCUAACCCAACUCCAAAAAUCCUCCUUUGAAUCUACCCUCCGCAAUUCCCUAACCGCUCACGACACUGAUGAAGCAUGGAAGGCCUUCCGAUCCUUCGCCGCCGCAUCUUCCCUCCCAGAAAAGCCCCUCCUCAACUCCCUCAUCACCCACUUGUCCUCCUUCCACGCCGGAGACACUUCCCUCUUCAGGCACAGGCUCAAACGAGCCUUCGUCUCCGCCGCUUACAUCAUCGAGAAAGAUCCGAUUUUGCUCGAAUUCGACACUCUCGUAACGCUUCUGGAGUCCAUGAAGCUGGCGAAAACCGCCGCGCCUGCGUUGGCGUUGGUGGAUUGUAUGUUCAAAAACAGGUACUUUGUUCCUUUUGAUCUCUGGGGGCAUUUGAUCAUCGACAUCUGCCGAGAAAAUCGUAGCCUAGCUUCGUUUCUCAAGGUGUUUAGAGAAAGUUGUAGAAUUUCACUAGAUGAGAAGCAUGAUUUCAUGAAACCUGAUUUGGCUGCGUGUAACGCUGCUCUCGAAGCUUGUUUCCGGCAGCUGGAAUCGUUACCUGAUGCUGAGAGUGUAAUCGAAUCUAUGGCGGAUUUGGGUGUGAAGCCUGACGAGUCCAGCUUUGGGUUUCUUGCUUAUCUUUAUGCAAAGAAAGGGCUUAGAGAGAAGAUCAGUGAGCUUGAGAAUUCAAUGGAUGGGUUUGGUUUUGCAAGUGAAAGAACAAUCCUUUAUUCGAAUAUGAUUAGUGGUUAUGUAAAGAUUGGUGAUUUAGAUAGUGUUUGUGAUGUUAUACUGCAAAGUCUUGGAAAAGACUCGACUUUCAGUGAGGAGACUUAUUGUGAGUUGGUGAAAGUGUUUAUAGAGAGUGAAAGCGUUAAGAGCUUAGCGAGAUUGAUCAUUGAAGCUCGCAAGUUGGAAUCUUUAUCUACUGAAUGUGACAAGUCUGUUGGGUUUGGUAUAGUGAAUGCUUGUGUGAAGCUUGGGUUUUCGGGUAAGAGGAUUCUUGAUGAAGUGAAUGCUCAGGGAGGAUGUGGUGGGAUUGGUGUCUAUGUACCGAUCUUGAUGGCGUAUUGCAAGGAGAAUAAAACAGCUGAAGCUACUCAGCUGGUUAAAGAGAUCAGAAGCUGUGAGGUUCAGCUGGAUGUAGAGACUUAUAAAGCUUUGAUUGAAGCUUCGAUGAGGAAGCAGGACUUUGAGUCUGCGCUUACGUUGUUUAGGGAUAUGAGAGGAAUGAGAGUGACGGAUUUGAAAGGGAGCUACUUGACGAUAAUGACAGGUCUGCUUGAGAAUCAGAGACCUGAGUUAAUGGCAGAUUUUGUGGAGGAGGUUUUGGAAGAUCGUAGAGUAGAAGUGAAGUCUCAUGAUUGGAAUUCGAUUAUUCAUGCGUUUUGUAAAGCUAAGCGUGUGGAAGAUGGGAAGAGGAUCUUUAGAAGGAUGGUCUUUCUUCAGUAUGAGGCGAAUCAGCAGACGUACUUGUCGUUGAUCAAUGGAUAUAUGAGCUGCGGGAAGUACUUUGAAGUUGUGGUUUUGUGGAGAGAGUUUAAAGAGAAGGAAGCGAAACUGGACCAUGCUCUUGCGGAUGCGUUUUUGAGUGCGUUGGUGAGAGGAGGGUUCUUUGGCACGGCGAUGCAAGUGGUAGAGAAAUGUCAGGAGAUGAGGAUAUUUGUGGAUAGGUGGAGGUAUAAGGCAGCGUUUAUGGAGACUGAGAAGAGUCUCAGAUUGCCAAAGUUGAGGAAGAGGAAGAUGAAGAAAGUGGAAUUUCUUGAUGCAUUUAAGAACUGGGUUGGUCUUACCACAUGA